CGGUGGCUCCCAUUCGAACUUAGACGACGGCGGUCGUCUCUAUUUCGGUUCUAAUCUCCCCAGUAAAAAAGCCAAUUUACUCCGAGCCGGACAGUGAAUUUGGCACACUUUCCCGUCAAGAUUUUUAUCAGCUUUUUCUCGGUCGAGCUUGUGGCGGAGCUCUGGGAAUGACGGGGUGUGCCGAGAAUUUGAAUUAGCUCGCCGUUAGUUUGAAGAAAAGAGUGAGUCGGGGUAGUGAGAGAGAGAGGAGCCAUUUUGUCCCGACUGUGUGGGAGAAAAGAAAGAGUGGAAAAGAGGAAUCACUCGGGAGGAGGAGAUCCUGAUCUUUUUUUGCUUUCUGCUCUCAUGUUGUAAGGGGGAGUACAGUCGGACUUGGGGUAUAUAACUUCUCGGGCGCGUUAUUCGGAUGGUAUUUAGCCAGCUAGCUCUGCCAAAGCUAGUCAACAAAUCCCAGAUUGUUAACAGUAAAGAGGACCGGGGUUAGGUGGUCAGUUUGGCCAAGGAGCUGGCUUUUAGACUUCACAUAGGCGUGCGAGGGUUGUAUCGAGUUUUUGUAUCUUAUCCUGGGUGAACACAAACUGUUUUUUCAAUGGCGAAGAAGACGUACGACUUGCUGUUCAAGCUGCUUCUGAUCGGAGACUCGGGCGUGGGGAAGACCUGUGUGCUGUUCCGCUUCUCUGACGACGCCUUCAACACAACCUUCAUCUCCACCAUAGGAAUAGACUUCAAGAUCAAAACUGUUGAAUUACAAGGAAAGAAGAUCAAACUACAGAUCUGGGACACAGCAGGCCAGGAACGGUUCCACACCAUCACCACCUCCUACUACAGAGGAGCCAUGGGCAUCAUGCUGGUCUACGACAUAACCAACGCCAAGAGCUUCGAAAACAUCAGCAAAUGGCUGCGCAACAUCGACGAGCAUGCAAAUGAGGACGUGGAGAGAAUGCUGCUAGGCAACAAGUGUGACAUGGAGGACAAGAGGGUUGUACCAAAAGCCAAGGGGGAGCAGAUUGCGAGGGAGCACGGCAUUAGGUUUUUUGAGACGAGCGCCAAGGCCAAUAUCAACAUCGAGAAGGCUUUCCUCACGUUAGCAGAAGACAUCCUCAGAAAGACGCCUGUAAAAGAGCCCAACAGUGAAAACGUCGACAUCAGCAGCGGAGGCGGAGUCACAGGCUGGAAGAGCAAGUGCUGCAGUUGAACACCUCCUGUUUCCACUCACUAACGCACUCACGCACACACACACACACACACGCACGCACACACACACCUACACGAACACACACACACUCACUCACUCUAACUGCUAACUCUCUCGCCCUCUAACCUGUCUCAUGAGUUUUCUUGCACACUGACACUCUGUCUCUUUAUCAGAAUAAAACAAUAAACCACCUCACUUCUUUAAAUCCCCUCCUCUUCCUCCUCCUCUUCCUCACCAUUCUUCCUCCACUCUGCAUUUGAUGAUUGUGUUUAUUUCUGAUAAAAAGAGAAAUCCAGUCACGUUUCUUGUCAUUUGUUUUAAAGGUUGUUUAAAAAAAAAAAAGAGGAAAAAAGUGUGGAAAAACCAGCUCAUAUUUUUAUUAUUUCCUUUUUCCUGAGCACACCUGGUUGGUCACCCUCACCCUCCUCUCUCCUCCUCCUCCUCUUCCUCCUCCCCCCUGACCCCCACCCACCCACAGCACUCACUUUCAGUCAGAGGAAAUCAAAGUGUUAAAAAAAAUUAAAUAAAAAGAGGAAAAAAAAAGGAAAAUCAAACAAAAAAGACCAAUGUAGGAUUAACAUUUUGUACACUUAGUGAGGUUUCUGUUGUCUAACCGUAUUUGGUCAUUUACAAUUUGUUACCAAGUGACAGAGGCGUGGCUAGCCCCUUUUGUAUGUGGGGGGUUUUAAUUUUGUCCUGUGCCUUAUAUGGAAGACAGGGGCGGGGCUGUGUGGUGGGCGGAGCCACAUCCACCCAAUGAAAUUACGAUUUAAUAAUCUGUGCGUUCAGGCUUUCAUCAGGAAGGAGCCGAACUGCAGCUAAAGAGUUUGAAUUUCUCCUCCAGCCAAGAGAACGGCAUUAUACAGUAUGUCCUGUUUAUCAAUGUUUUAUUUUUAUCUGUAUGAUUUAUUUUACUUUCAUCUUUUGUUUUGGUUCCCUAUUUUGUUUUUUCUUUUGUUUUUUUUGUUUUUUGUUUUUGUUUCCUGCAUGCAGAUUUCUUUGGGUUGGAAACGUUUCUGUAACAUUGUGUAACGUUUGCCACUGGGUAACUGUGGGCGGGAGGUACAGAAGUUCUCUUUGGAAAUUCAAACAGUUUUGCAGAUCCAUUAAAAAUAAGCUUGUUUAA